GAGUCAGAAAUAUUCUGGGGAAUUGUAUUGGUCCAUGAACGGUAUUGCGAGUGUUGCUGCCAGCGUGGUGAUAGCGGCUCUAUACGUGAUAGUUAUCCAUGCAUGGACUCCCACAACACUCCAGGGUAGCUCGCGGGACGAUGCAGCCUUGAUCACUCACCGUUUACGUAGGGUAUCGGGGUUGUGUGUGGUACUUUUGGCGGUGGUACCGUCAAUUUUAGUGUAUGAAGAUCCCAGUACCUCUCUAACAGGAGUCUAUGAACUAAUGGGGGUUCUAAUACCCAGAAAGGAUGUAGUAGACACAUUUUCAGCACCAUUAAGGUGUUUAAGUGCUAGUCUAGUACUAUUCUCCGGACCUAUAUUUGCAUAUAUUGUCGAAACCCCCACGAAAUACUGGUCACACGACUUCCAGCAGCUGUUCUAUUCUCUUCAAGGAUUCAGGAACCAUGUGUUUGCUCCCAUCACCGAAGAGCUUGUUUACCGUUCAAUUGUGUUUGUGGUUCUCUCUAAACAAUUUCCAACCACAACCAUCAUUCUUUAUAGUCCGUUAUUAUUUGGCUUGGCCCAUGCCCACCACGGAUAUGAUCUUGUGGUCCACCAGGGAGUUUCGGUGGCAAUGGCGGUGUCGAGUGUCACUUUCCAAACCUUAUACACAUCCUUGUUUGGUGUUUUGGCGGGAUACGUCUUUGAAAGAUAUAAUAGCAUGUGGUGUGCCGCUAUACUUCACGCCGUGUGCAAUGUGAUGGGUAUCCCACCUAUCACAGUACACGGGUCGGUGGUGGCGAAGUUUGUGUACUAUUUGCUACUCCCAUUGGGAGUAUACGGGUUUAUAAACAUGAUUUAGAAAUUAUUCAAGUCCAAAUAGGCCCACUGAACACAGUAUACGACCAGGAGAACUAUACCGGAUGUUUGAUCCCUCUGUUACAGUAGAUGGUUUAUAACCUUAACGGACGUUUUAUGUGAUAUUAGACAUUUUGGUGCUACGUCAUACGUUUUGUUGCAGUGGUUUGCGAGAAUUGUUAAUGGGGUAGGGCGGCCACAAACAUCUGUUAAUCUCUCAUUAAAUCACUUUAUACUCUACUCAACUCAUGAAUACACGUAUUUCCACUUCCUA